CAUAUUUUCACACGAUAAUCAUGUCCGACAAGAAACUACAACUAUAUGAUUAUGACUCUGAGAAAAAACUGUCAGAAACAGCUUCAAAGACAAAAGAUGCACUAAACAAAAUUCUUUCACGAAAACUUCAUAAUGACAAAGUAACCACGUUGGCCAGCACAUCAACCAACAGUGAUACAUCAUACUUGCAGUAUACAUCUGCACAGCUUGCAAAUCUAACAAAUGACGAAGGCUUGAAUGCCCCAAAGCGGAGGAUAAUCAAAAUAACAGAUGAAAAGGUCGACCCAAUGCUUCCUCAGAAGUUUCGCAUCAGAAAAGCCCCCGAUGGUCCACCUGCCGACGGAUUUGCACCAGUUUUGCAUGAUGAGACUAGUACUGAAAAACUAACGAAAGCAGAUCAGAAAAAAUGGCAAAUUGCACCUUCUGUAUCCAACUGGAAAAACAAUCAGGGUUUUAUCAUUGGAAUUGAAAAUAGACUUCAGAACUCCAAUACUCCAAAUAAAUUAACUGAACAAGAUAUCAAUAAAAGUACACAGAGAUUCUCAGCAUUGAGUGAUGCGUUGAAAAAUGCAGAGCAGAAGGCUAAAGAAGACUUAAAGACAAGGGCUAACUGGAGGAAACGUCUGGAGAGUGAAGAAAUCGCACGAACUCAAGAACGUCUGGGGAGACUUGCUGAAGAAGCAAGAAAUUCUCGUAAAACAGCACAAGAGACUAUAACUGAUUUUUCUAUUGUAUCAGCAAACGAUAAUCUGAGCAGAAAAGGGCAAGAAGAGGACAGCUCUCUUUCAGAUAAGCUACAACGGCGUGCAGAACGUAGAAGAAGAGCAGAGGAAGAACUCAAAUCAGAGAAGCUCAGCACAAAGCAAAAAAUCAGAAAGCUGGCAAAGGAGCAGGGCCGUGAAAUUAGUGAGCGUGUUGUGCUUGGUGUUUCGGAAGCACUGCGAAAGAAGCAAAAAGAAAGUGUUUACGAUUCAGAGUUGUAUCUCAGAACAUCCCAUUCAGCAAAAGGGAAACCUACCGACGACCUCUACGAUAAACCUUUAUUUUCACAGGAGACAGCGCUCGGCGAUAUAUAUCGUUCAAGGAACAUGUCAGGCCACAAAGGAUUGGGUAGCACUAAUGAUACUGAACCUCAAUCAACCUCUGUUAAUUUUGUGAGGGAUUCAGAUGCCGAAAAAAAAAGGGAAUAAUAUACUACGUUGUGUAAUCUAUAGAAAGUCUGAAGUUUGAGUCUCAGACGAAUAAUGUACAUUGGACCUAAUCAUAGGUUUAUAAAUUGAAUAGUGGUGAGCUACUGCCU